AACCAAUCACUGAGCUAGAUGUACAGUAGGUGAUGCUUCUGGCUUUGCAACCACUCGCUGAUUAGUCGGUAGCUCAGAAGUCCCUCCCACUGUACGGCCAAACCCUUGGAUGCAGUAGCUGGCCGCUCUGAUCGCACCCCGAACCCUCGUAGCGCAGCGGAGGAAACCGAACCGCUAUUUAUCGAUCUGCCAUUUAUUACUGAUCGUUAAACACUACUGGACAGCAGGUCUGAGCUUCGUCUGGGUCGAAUCUUUUGAGUCUUUGGGGCCCUCGGAAGUGGUGACAUGUCUGGCUUGUUGUUGUUUUUACCCUGCUUAGCUAGAUAGCUAGCCGUGUGUGCCUUGCGCUGCUGACGGGGUAACGCAGGUUCUCUUACUCGGCACCGACAGCACUUCGUUGCGAACACUCCAGUCCUUCCGCUGGAGCGGUCUGACUCAUGUGAACCGUCCCGGGCCUGGUCGCCCCCCGCUGCCGGUCCCGGAGGUCUCUGGUCCCGAUGGAGGCCAACAUGACCCCGCUGUCUCACCUCCAGGAGAACUCGUACAAAAUGACCGAGGAGGACGUCAAACGGCUGAUUGAGUUCCGGGCAUCUAACGAGUCCCUGUUCACCGGGAAGAGGAACUCGGCGAAGAUAGCAUGGAACACCAUCCUGAAGGGCCUGGGGCUGCAGGGGAAGCUUAGUGCUGACCAGAUCGCCAAGAAAUGGGACAACCUCCGCACCAAGUACAAGGACCUAAAGCAGCCUUAUCAGGGCCAGGAGGGCGGCUCCCAGGACUCGUGGCCCUGGUUCCACAUCAUGGACGACGCCAUGCAGGGCCGCCUCUACAACAGCACGCUGGUCCUUAGCCCCGCCCCCACGCCCCACACCCCGCACCAACUGGCCCCGGGGGCAUCGGCCUCGCGCCACGGCAACCGUAACCCGGAUAACGCCGACAUCCUGGAGUUCCUGAUCAAGACAGAGAUGGAGGACUCGGGUGCGGGUGACGGCCCCCCCAGGCUGACCCCGCCCUGUGAGGGCUUGCCCAUGGGCUGGAGGCGGCUGUCGGAGUGCACCUAUAAGAUGUCGGAGCAGGAGACGGAGAGCAUGAUCAAGCUGCGCUGCACCAACGAGUCGCUGUUCACAGGCAGGAAGCACUCGGCCAAGCCGGCCUGGAGGGCCAUCCUGUUUGAGCUGGGCCUACAGGGGAAGGUCACCACAGACCAGCUGGCCAAGAAGUGGGACAACCUGAAGAGGAGAUACAAGGAGCUGAAGUUCCCGGCGCGUGGCGUGGAGAGCAGCCCCGGCUCCUGGCCCUGGUUUUACCGCAUGAGUGACGCCAUGGAGGGGCGGUUUGCGGCGGCGGCGCCCGUGCUCACGCCGCUGGUGGAGGAGGGGGAUGAGGACUGCGAGCCCGCCUCCCCCCCGCCACUGCCACGCAAGCGGGCGCGGCGCGGCGCCGGGCGCAGCAGCAUGUCGGAGUUCCUGACGGAGUCGGAGAUGGACCUGCUGGUGGAGACGGAGGACAAGGGCGGAGCGGCGGCGCUGGGGGAGCUGCAGCGCCUGACGGAGCUCACCUACAAACUAACAGAAGAGGACACCAGGAGGCUGAUAGAGCUGCGAGCCGCCAACGAGUCGCUCUUCACCGGCCGACGGAACACAGCCAAGCCAGCCUGGAGGGGCAUCGUGAAGGAGAUGGGGCUCACAGGGAAGAUCACCCCCGACCAGGUGGCCAAGAAGUGGGACAACCUGAAGACCAAGUUCAAGGACCUGAAGUUCCCCCCGCGGGGGGCUGAGGGCCAGCUAAGCCCCUCCUCCUGGCCUUGGUACCAGAUGAUGAGCGAGGCCCUGGAGGGCCGGCUGCUAGGCCACGCCCCCCGUGUGGCGCCGCUCUGGGCCAGCGACGAGGACGUGUUCGGGGCGUCGCCCGCUCAGGACCGCACCAGCAUGUCGGAGCUGGACGAGGGGCCCGACGCCAUGGACCCCGUCGCCAUGGACGCAGUCGCCAUGGACGCAGCCGUCGCCAUGGACAACGCGGUCGCCAUGGAAGCGGCGGCCGAGGCGGACGGCAGCAUCACGUACAUCGACGCCAGCGGGGAGGAGUGUUCCACGCCCAGUGACUUCUCCUACAAGAUGUCUGAACAGGACACCAGGAGGCUCAUUAAGCUGAGAGCCGCUAACGAGGUUCUCUUCACGGGGAAGAGGAAUGCAGCCAAGGCCGCCUGGAAGGCCAUCCUGAAGGAGCUGGGCCUGCUGGGGAAGGUCUCCACCUAUCAGAUGUCCAAGAAAUGGGACAACCUGAAGAGGAGAUACAAGGACCUGAAGUACCCCCCCGUCGGCAUGGAGACGGCGGCGGACGGCGCGGCGUCCUGGCCCUGGUUCCACCUGAUGAACGACGCCAUGGAGGGCCGUCUGGGGGACAGCGCCCCCCUCCUCACCCCCAUCACCCAUGACGACCAGCCCCCCGACCCCGCCCCCAGGGCGCGGCCCACCCACCAGCCCCUCCCCCCCGACUACGACCCGUACCCCGAGGGGCCGGGGGGCGACGGCUGCGAGCGCGCCCUGGCGGAGCGGCUGGGGGGGCUGGAGAGGGAGUGGGAGAUGGUGGAGCGGGAGAGGCUGGCGGUGGAGACGGAGCGGGCGGGGCUAGAGAGAGACCGGGCGGGGCUGGAGCAGGACCGGGGGGUGGUGGAGAGGGACCGGGCCGCGGUCCAGGCGGACAGGCAGUGGCUGGAGCGGGAGAGGGCCCUGAUGGAGCAGGAGAGGGCGGCCCUGGACCGGGAGAGAGAGCUGCUGGACAACCAGAGGGCCCUGAUCCUCAGCUCAGUGGGCCACUCGGGACACCUCAACCCCCUGGGCAUGUAGCGGCCCUUGGGACUGUCUGACCCUGGGCGUGUAGACAGUCUAACCCUAGAGGUGCAGACUAUCUAACCCUGGAGGUGGAGACUGUCUAACCCUGGAGGUGGAGACUGUCUAUCCCUGGGCGUGUAGACAGUCUAACCCUGGAGGUGCAGACUGUCUAACUCUGGGCGUGUAGACUGUCUAAACCUGGGCGUGUAGACUGUCUAACCCUGGGCGUUUAGAGUAUCUAACCCCGGAGGUUGAGACUAUCUAACCCUGAGCAGGUAGACUAUCUGACCCCAGGGGUCAUGACCCUGGGGACAGGAGAAUCCACUUUUAUAUGUUGGAGGACGAUUGUAAAAAGAAGAAAUCUGUAAACUUUAUGAACGCAAUAAGAUCCACAUUCCUCUGUAUCGUCCGUAACCACGGCAACCAGCGUUACCGUGGACACCAGUGGCGCAGUACCACGGCCUUCCGUCAUGACAACGGAGCUCAAGGACCAACAGGAAGGGCUGUGGGCGGAGGCUCCUCCUCCUUGGUGGAGCUUCUCCUCAUGGGCGUAGCUUCUCCUCCUGGGUGGAGCUUCCUCCUCCAUGGCAGGGCUCCUCCUCCUGGGCGGAGCUUAUUGGGCAGAAGAUACAGAGUGCCUCUAGCCAAAAAAUCUCUACAUAAUCCUUCAUACCCAAGGCAAUACACACACACAACAUACUUACACAAGCACCACAUACACACAAUUAGAGAACAGACUGCCUUCAUUCAAAGACAAUUUUCUAAUAUGGCAACCUGUGGGACAAAUAAAGCUUUUGAACUUUGAUCUUUGAACUUCUCCUGGGCAGAGCUUCUCCUGGGCGUGGCGUCUGUUGGGCAAACGGCCGUCUGACCUCUGAACUGUGGGCGGAGCUUCGGCAUGCUCGCUGACGUUAGUUUUUGAUAUAUAUAUAUAUAUGUUUAUUAUCUACCCAUGUGACUUUGUACACGUAUCGUAUGAACACUGGUCCCCCUGAUGAGGAGCAUCCUGACGGACCAAUUAAAGCCGGGUUUGUCGUGACGUCCUGACGUAAGGCCCGCCCUCUCCGAAGGUAAUGUUGAAAAGUGCCAAUAUCUUCUGUUAGCAUCAAUGGAGUCGCUGACGUCUGCCUUAUGUUGGGUUCUGGAUUAAAAGAUCUACAGUAAAUGGAGACUAUGAGUGUUCCGUGUUCUUCAGACCAGCGGGUCUGCAGGGUUCACCUCAAUCAAACUAGAUAAUCAGGACAACUGAUAGCUUCGCUUUGAUUCUUGUCGUUGUCGUUGUCGUUGCUCUACAUUUGAAAUGUAGUUUCAUUACUUUACACGUGUAGGGGUGGCUAUUGAUGGGGAGGGGGGGGGGGUGUUACCCCCCUCUAGUGUUCAACGGUUGUAAAGACAAGUGGGUGUGUUGUGCAGGCGCACAAAGGAGUACACCUUGCCACUGCGUUAUUGGUCCGGAACCUUCGAUCCAUCCAUCUCUUCACCAAAUGUUCACUACGGGUUAUUUAUUAACGUAGCCACAAUGUGCGCCACAUCUUGUAAAAGAUGAUAAAAGAUUGCAAAUUAAAGUCAACCCUUUUUUUUUU